ACCCGCAAGAGUGGAUUAAAAGAACAUAGGCGUCCUAGGGGUACAUGGCAGCUCCAAACCAGCGCAGUGCUCAGUAAAUAUUUGCUGGGCCACUCAGCCAAAAGCACUCAGAAAUGGAGUAUAUUAACAAAUACAGGCAACUCGAGGCCCAGGAAUUGGAUAUGUAUGGCGGUGACCCUUUGCCUGAUGGGCCAGGUCCAAGGCCACCUGUGGCUAAAUUGAGCGAUGUGACCUGCAUGCCAGAGACAACUUACAAGUACCUUGAUUUGCCUAUCAGUCGAUGUAAGGAAGAGGUUCUUUCUUUGAUAGAAAGUAAUUCUGUGGUAAUUAUACACGGUGCCACAGGUAGUGGUAAAAGUACUCUGCUGCCGCAGUACAUCCUGGAUCAUUAUAUUCAGCGUUCUGCCUACUGCAACAUCGUGGUCACACAGCCCCGGAAAAUUGGAGCCAGCAGCAUUGCCCGGUGGAUCAGUAGAGAGCGCUCCUGGACCCUGGGUGGGUUGGUGGGCUACCAGGUAGGGUUAGAGAAAAUAGCAACAGAAGACACCAAGUUAAUUUAUAUGACAACUGGGGUCCUGCUUCAGAAAAUAGUUAGUGCCAAGAGUUUGAUGGAAUUCACUCAUGUCUUCAUUGAUGAAGUCCAUGAGCGAACUGAAGAAAUGGAUUUCUUGCUGUUGGUAGUCCGCAAACUUUUAAGAACAAAUUCACGUUUUGUGAAGGUGAUCCUGAUGUCAGCUACCAUUAACGGAAAGGAGUUUGCAGACUACUUCGCGGUUCCUGUGCAGAACAGGAUGAGCCCUGCGUGUGUGUUCGAAGUGGAAGGCAAGCCCCAUUCGAUUGAAGAGUAUUAUCUUGACGACUUGGAGCACAUCCUUCAUAGCAGACUGUCUCCUCAUCUCCUGGAGGAACCAGUGAUAACCAAGGAGAUAUAUGGAGUUGCCGUCUCUCUCAUCCAGAUGUUUGAUGACUUGGAUAUGAAAGAGAGUGGGAACGAGUCCUCGUUGGGCACCCCCUUUGUGUCCGAGCGGAGCAGCGUCUUGGUUUUCCUGCCAGGUCUGGGUGAGAUAAACUAUAUGCAUGAGCUUCUCACAAACAUGGUUCACAAAAGGUUACAGGUCUAUCCCCUCCAUUCAAGUGUGACUUUGGAAGAACAGAAUAAUGUAUUUUUAAGUCCAGUUCCUGGGUACAGAAAGAUUAUUCUGUCCACCAACAUUGCAGAGAGUUCUGUCACUGUUCCAGAUGUCAAAUAUGUUAUAGAUUUUUGCUUGACUAGAAUUCUGAUUUGUGACGAAGAUACUAAUUAUCAGAGUCUGCGGUUGAGUUGGGCCUCUAAAACCAGUUGUAACCAGAGAAAAGGCCGUGCUGGACGAGUGUCAAAAGGCUACUGUUACAGACUAGUUCACAAGGAUUUCUGGAACAGCUCCAUCCCAGACUGUGUCGUUCCCGAGAUGUUGCGUUGUCCAUUGGGAAGUACAAUAUUAAAGGUGAAAUUACUUGACAUGGGCGAGCCAAGAGCUUUGCUGGCCACUGCCCUUUCUCCACCAAGUCUGAGCGACAUCGAGCGCACCGUCCUGCUGUUGAAGGAGGUUGGAGCACUUGCAGUGGGCGGGCAGAGAGAAGAUGAAAACCCCCAUGAUGGUGAAUUGACCUUCUUGGGAAGAGUGUUGGCCCAGCUUCCUGUUAACCAGCAGCUUGGUAAACUGAUAGUCCUCGGGCAUGUGUUUGGAUGUCUGGAUGAAUGUCUCAUUAUCGCGGCAGCGCUUUCUUUGAAGAAUUUUUUUGCAAUGCCUUUUAGGCAGCAUCUUGAUGGAUAUAGGAACAAGGUGAACUUCUCGGGCAACAGUGGGAGUGACUGCAUUGCACUCAUGGAGGCAUUUAAGACUUGGCAGGCUUGCAGACAAAGAGGAGAGCUGCGGCAUCCAAAGGAUGAACUUCACUGGGGAAGGUUAAAUUACAUUCAAAUCAAGAGAAUUAGAGAGGUGGCUGAAUUAUAUGAAGAGUUGAAGACUAGAAUCUCACAGUUCAACAUGUACGUUGGUUCUCAGCGACCUGUCCUGGACCAAGAGUACACACAUAAGCAGCGGUUCAUCCUACAGGUUGUACUGGCAGGUGCUUUUUAUCCAAAUUACUUUACUUUUGGACAGCCCGAUGAGGAAAUGGCUGUCAGGGAGCUGGCUGGCAAAGAUCCAAAGACGACUGUUGUGUUGAAGCACAUUCCUCCUUAUGGAUUUCUCUACCAUAAACAGCUGCAGUCUCUCUUUAGACAGUGCGGUCAAGUGAAGUCCAUUGUAUUUGAUGGUGCAAAAGCCUUUGUGGAGUUCUCUCGUAAUCCAACAGAGAGAUUUAAAACACUUCCUGCAGUAUACAUGGCAAUUAAGAUGUCUCAACUAAAAGUUUCACUUGAACUCAACGUUCACCCCGCGGAGGAAAUUGAAGGGAAGGUGCAAGGGGGGACUGUCUCCAAGCUCCGGAACACAAGGGUCAAUGUGGACUUCCAAAAGCAGACAGUAGAUCCUAUGCAAGUCUCAUUUAAUACGUUCCACAAGUUCUGGGCAAUUACAGAUCUCCUUUUAACCGUUGAUGUUACUGAGGUGGUCGAAGUGGGACACUUUUGGGGAUAUAGAAUUGAUGAGAAAAACUCAAAGAUCCUGAAGAAACUUACGGCUGAAAUAAACCAGCUGAGACUGGUGCCCUUGCCUGUGCAUCCACAUCCGGAUUUGGUCUGCCUGGCACCUUUCGCGGAUUUCGGGAGAGAAAGCUACUUCAGGGCGCAGAUCCUCUGUGUGUCCGGGACUUCCGCGGAGGUGUUCUUCGUCGACUACGGGAACCGGGCCCUGGUCGACCUGGGGCUGCUCAUGGAGAUCCCCAGCCAGCUCCUGGAGCUCCCCUUCCAGGCCCUGGAGUUCAAGCUCUGCAAGAUGCGGCCGUCGGUGGCCUCGCUGGUGUGCGGCGGGCGCUGGGGCGGCGCGGCCGGCGGCAGGUUCACCUCGCUCGUGCGCGGGGACGCGCUGCUUGUGCGCGUCUUCUCGGCCGUGCACAGCGUCCUGCACGUGGACGCCCUCCGCUGCGCCGGCGCGCACGGCGUCGUCAGCGUCAGGGACGUGCUCGUCCGCGAGGGCUUCGCCGAGCUCGCCGAGGAGUCGUACGAGUCCCGGCAAAGCCAUGAGUUUCUCAAGGGUCUCUUUUCCAAAUCAGCAGAAAGUAAUUCUGUGAUAGAAACUUCUGUGCCAUCUCCUGUGAAAGACGAUGAAAAAUAUUUGAUCCGAAUUUUAUUAGAGAGUUUUUCUUCUAAUAAAUUGGGUACUCCGAACUGUAAGGCAGUACUUCAUGGACCUUUUAACCCUUAUGAACUGAAGUGUCAUAGUUUGACAAGAGUAUCCAAAUUCAGGUCUGUCUGGAUUGAGAAGGAGAGCAUCAACUCUGUAAUUAUCAGCGACGCCCCCGAAGAUCUGCACCAGAGAAUGCUGGUUGCGGCUUCUCUCUCAGUCAAUGCAACCGGAUCUACUAUGCUGUUGAGAGAGACCUCUCUGAUGCCCCACAUUCCUGGCCUCCCAGCUCUCCUCUGCAUGCUGUUCACGCCAGUGAUGGAGUUGAGGGUUGAUCGGGAUGGAAAAUGCUAUACUGGAGUCCUUUGUGGUUUGGGGUGCAAUCCAACUACAGGGACCCCAGUCCUGCCGGAGCAUGACAUCGAGCUUGCAUUUGAUGUUCACUUCAACGCAGAGGAUAUCAUAGAGAUUAACAUUGUCAGGGCAGCAAUUAACAAGCUAGUGUGUGAUGGACCAAAUGGUUCUAAGUAUCUUGGGCCAGAAAGAACCGCUCAGCUGCAGGAUGAUGCUCGCCAGAAACUUUUAGGUUUAUUCUGUCAGUUGAAACCGAGAGGAAGAAUUGUCCCUAAGUGGCAUGAGAAACCGUAUGAUUGGGAUCAGGUCGACCCAAAGCUGGUCAUGGAGCAGGCUGAGAGGGAGACUGGCAGAGAGAAGGCCACUUUUCUCUACCAGCUUCAUAAGCUGGUUGUGUUAAGCACCUGAACGUGCCAGCAGGCUGUGCCCGCCGUUCACCAUGACGGGAGCAGCGGAGAAGCAGAUUAGAAGGCUGGAACCCGGCUGACAUUCCUCUAGCUGAGCCUCAUAACCCUUUCCCACUGCCCAGAAAGGUCCUCUGCAUCCUGGUUCCUUCCCACUCUGGGUAGUAGUCAGUGCCUUUUUGUUUUUUCCUCCAAGAUGGGAAAGAUUGGGAAGUCUAGUCUUUUCUAAAAACAGAAAAAAUCACUGUAUUAAAUAUUUUGGGAAAAAAUAGUUUUGAAAGAAUUUGUUUGGGAAAAAAAGCUAUAUUUUACUUUAAAUUUAUUAGGGUAAAAAGAAGUAGCUGAUAUUACAUGUGUGGUUCCAAAAUGUGCUUGUAUGUUAUAUUCUGUUAUAGUAAUUUAAACUAGGGUACAGGAAAAACAAGUUUCCCAGUAUGCCACAAGGGAAAGCUAGGUUUUUUAAAAACCAUGUGGCAGUUUCUAAUUUUUUUUCUCCAUGAAGGAAAGUAUCUAAUUUUGGUUAAACUAACUUCAGUUUUGUAUAUUUUAUGUUUUUACGUAAGUUAGAAUUCUUGGUCCACAUGUUGGAAAUCAUAGCGAUUACCUGGCAAAUAGUAUAUCUGUGUUAAAACAAUAAAAGCAUUG